AUGGCAACAGAGUCUCCCCAGACUGAGAUUUUACCACCUCAGCCGGAUUCCACGGACCAGAACGAAGCUCCGACUACCGAGACAGUGAAGAGAAAAGCGGAACAGGCCAACGGAACGCAUACUCGCACCAAGCGGAAUCGCUACAUCUCUAUCGCAUGCAAUGAAUGUAAACGGCGCAAAAUCAAAUGCAACGGCCAGGUGCCCUGCCAACGUUGUGGGCACCUCAACCUCGAAUGCCGAUAUGCCCCGAACUGCUGCAACAAUACUUUCAAAGAUUCCGAAGAGUUUCGAUCCAUGAAAGACCAGAUCAAGACAUUACAAGAUCAAGUCAAUAGUCUCUUUUCCAACUUGAAGGACUUACGGUCUCAACGUUCGUCUUUAGACUCAUCGGGUUUCGAAGGUUUCUCUCGAGAUGGCUCGCAGUCAGUCUUCACGCCCAUGCAUGCACCGUUGACUAAACCUCGUUCAAAACAUCCUCGCUUUCAGGGCCCUACUAGUUCUGCUUUCAACUUUGAUGUCGCGCGUUCGAGCCUGCAAAAUAUGGGUAUCGCCCCAGCUGAAGAAAUGAUAACAGAUGAUCUCACAACAGCACAUGCCACCCCGGCCGGGUCACCUCCCCAUGUGGGUCAGCUUGUUUCUACGAUACACCCAACCAAAGACCCGAUCUGGGUUAUUAAGCGGGAUGAAGCCCUGCGACUCUGCCAGGUCUAUGAGGAAGAAGUUGGAAUCAUGUACCCUCUCGUAGACAUCGAACAGGUGGCGCAACAAGUUAACCUGCUCUAUACAUUCAUGGAAGCUGCAACUCGUACUGGCUUUGCGCAAAGGGGUCUGCCUGGUACAGAUGGUCUUCAUGACGAUAACACACUUCUUCUGAAGAUGAUCCUUGCUAUUACGUUGGUGAUAGAGGGGGGCGGCCAGAGCGAGCUUGCACGGCGCCUGUACCUGAAUGUGAAGCCGGUUGCGGAAGCCAAAAUCUGGGACUCGUUGGAUAUCAGAACCAUUCAAUUGUAUGGUUUGAUGGCAACAUAUCAUUUUCAUUCAGAUGAUGACGCUAUGGCAUACAGGAUUAUUGGUCUUGCUGCACGUAUGUGUCUCGAAUUGGGUUUACACCGACGAGAUGCUUUGGCCAAAUCAUUUCCCAGCGAGGAUCAGUGGCCUGCCAUCGUAAAGACCUUCUGGUCAGUGUAUAGUCUGGACCGGCGUUGGAGCUUUGGCACAGGGCUGCCUUUUAUUAUACAAGAUGAAGACAUUGAUCCCAGUCUUCCUGAACCGGAUGCAUCUCUGCUGUAUCUCAAAUGUAUGAUAUCGUACAAUCGUAUCAGCUCCAAAAUCUGGUACUCUGGGCUUGGCUCGGAGGGAGCAACUGACAUACGACGCGAUGAGAUUGGCUAUUUGGAUUAUCAGAUUCUACAAUGGUACAAGCAGGUCCCAGAUGGGCUGAAAUUUUAUCCAGUUGAGGUUACAAAGCAUCACCAGGCUGAAUCAACCAGCCGAGGUCUUCGAAGAUUGAGAAUUCUCUUAUAUCUACGAAUGAAUCAGCUUCGAAUCCUCAUCUAUCGGCCAGUGCUGCAUUCCGCGGCAAGCAUCGCGGAAGACAAGGGUCAUGCACAGACUGUGGUGGAUAUCGCCAAAGACACGAUCCGAGUGCUCACCCGGCUCAAUGGGACUUCCGAUAUCUAUCGUACGCAGCAGAUCACUUUCAACUAUUUUCUAGUCGCCGCCUUAGCGGUGCUUUUCCUCGCUGUAUGCCAUGCACCACAUGACUUCAACCGGCAGGUUAGGGACGAGUUUUACAUGGCUCUUGAACUGGUCAGUGUUUUUAGCACCAAAUCCUAUGUCUCCAAGCGACUAUGGAAGACGAUAAAAGGUCUCCGCAAGAUCGGCGAACGACUGGGAGUCAUUGUACGACCCUUUGGAACUGAUUCCAAUGACCCCCAUUCUUCGGCGGCCGUCGCAAUGGCCGGAUUGGCUGGUCAUUCGAUUGAAGAUCUUUCUGUAUACGGACCGGUGAAUAGCGCUGGAGAACUAGGGAACAGCCCGCUGAACGGGCUUCAAAUGAGCCAUGAACUCACAAACCUAUUUGAGGCGGUGGGGGGAUUUGGCAAUUUCAUUAAUUCGGGAGGAGCUUCGGAAAGCCUCAGUGGCUUCAUUGGGCAGGAUGGAGAGAUACAAAACACUGGGGAAGGUUUAUCAGGCGUUUUGGGAGAUGAAGGCGAAUGGUCACGAGUCAUACGAGAUCUAUUUUAG